UUUUAUGGUUCAGAUAUGCAAUGAGUUUUUCCGCAAAUGACCUCAAAAUGAUGUAUGUGAAAAGAACACCGAAGUCAAACAAAGCAAUUCAUAUUAUUUCUAGUGCAUACAAGGCUACUUUUACUUGGAACAAUAUCCGCACUCUCCUUGAAUGUCGUGAAGCCUGCGGAGGCCAAGGAGUUAAAUCUGAAAAUCGUGUUGGUCUUUUCAUCGGUGAAUUUGAUGUGCAAUCGACAUUUGAGGGGGACAACAAAGUUCUGAUGCAGCAGAUUAGCAAGGCACUCUUUGCAGAAUACGUAGCAUGUCAGAAGCAAAACAAACCUUUCAGUGGUUUAGGAUUAGAGCACAUGAACAAACCUUUGCCUGUUAUCCCGUCUCACCUAACAACUCCAACCAUUAGGAGCAGUGAAUUUCAGAUUGAUCUGUUCCACCUAAGAGAGCGAGACCUAUUAAGGCGCUUUUUUGAAGAGGUCUCAGAAUACCAAUCUCGUGGAGAAAGCGAAGAGUCUGCCUUCAUUCUAAGUUAUCAGUUAGCAGAAGACUUGAGCAGAGCUUUCUCAGAACGAGCAAUACUGAAAACGUUCAUUGAUGCCGAGUCAGCUUUACCAGCUGGUUCAUUGAAGAAUGUGUUGGGUCUAUUGAGAUCGUUGUAUGCUGUGAUAAGUGUGGAUGAAGAUGCUUCCUUUCUUCGAUAUGGAUACUUGUCAAAAGAGAAUGCUUAUGCAGUGAGGAAAGAAGUGCCAAAACUAUGCGCUGAACUUCGACCACAUGCACUUGCCUUGGUCAGUUCCUUUGGUAUUCCUGAUGCUUUUCUGAGCCCUAUUGCAUAUAACUGGCUUGAUUCAAAUUCUUGGUCUUCUCAACUUUAGCAAGCUUAUGCAAAUCUCUGCAUUUGAAAUAGUGUCUUUGUUGCAUGUUAUUGGGUGAAUAAAACGUUAAAGAACAAAAUAAAAAGUUGGUAUAUGAGGGAAACCAAGGCCAGAUCAUUCGGAUUGAGUUUCAUCAAUUAUUUCUGUACCAUUUAGUAAAUAGCAGUUAAGUUAUUUGAAUCUAAUAAAUGUACCUCAAUUAC